AUGUCUCCACCAGCGAUCAUCGCGCCCUCCAUCCUCAGCGCCGACUUUGCAAAGCUCGGUGCAGAAUGUGCCGUGACGAUGGAACGGGGCGCGGAUUGGCUCCAUGUCGACAUCAUGGACGGCCAUUUCGUCCCCAACAUGACCUUUGGCGCCCCCGUCGUGACCAAGAUCCGGACGCAUGUCGAGCGGCCUGCCCAGCCGGGUGGCCGGGGCACCUUUGACUGCCACAUGAUGAUCAAGGAGCCACAACGAUGGGUCAAGGACUUCAAAGCCGCCGGAUGCGACCUCUACUGCUUCCACUAUGAAGCCGCCAUCUCAUCCGUGGCCGCCAAGGAGCCGGCAGAC